AUUUCUUCAGCAGGCACAAGAGGAAGAUCCCUAAACUGCAGCUCCCUUAUGUCAAACAGUCUGGAAAGUGCUGGGAACUUCAGCAGUGUCAUGUCACAGAAAUGCAAUCAUCUGUUUGUGGACUCCUCUCUGCCAGACUUGGCUGUAGGACUCAUGCUGCUGGCUGGAUCCCUGACUGUACUAUGCACCUGUCUUAUGAUGUUGGUCAAACUGCUGAACUCUGUGCUCAAAGGCCAGGUGGCCAGAGCUAUUCAGAAGGUCAUUAACACAGAUCUUCCAUCACCUUUUGGAUGGGCCACCGGUUACUUUGCCAUGCUUGUUGGUGCCGGGAUGACGUUUGUUAUGCAAAGUAGCUCUGUCUUCACUUCAGCAAUCACCCCUCUCGUAGGUCUCGGGGUGAUUAGCUUAGAACGUGUGUAUCCACUCACUCUUGGUUCUAACAUUGGAACUACAACCACGGCUAUCCUAGCAGCCCUGGCCAGUCCCGGGGAUAAAUUGGCCAGUGCCUUGCAG